GCAGCGUGCUCAGUCUCCGGCCCCAGCCCCUCGGCACGCCCUCCUUUCCUGACCGCCCCUGAGCCCAGCGGCGGCGGGUCUGGGGCUCGGUUGCGACAGCGGCCGCGCCUCGCGGGACAGGGCCCUUGCCUUUCCCGGAGCGUAGAGUCCCCCGAAGUACCGCGCCCUCCUCUCGGCACUGCAGGGCGUCCGCUCCCGGCCCAGACCAAAGCGUCUUCGGAAGAGCCACAGGGUGGGGGCAAUGGAAGCCGUGGCGCCGGCGGGUCAGGCCCCGGCGGCAGCCAGCAAGCUGUCGGAGGUGGUGGGCGCGGCGCUGCAAGAUCCCCGGCGGCAGCGGCGCCUGGUGCUGGUCAUCGUGUGCGUGGCGCUGUUCCUGGACAACAUGCUGUACAUGGUCAUUGUGCCCAUCGUGCCCUACUACAUAAGUGCGGCCAACGAAAACCCCACCCCGACUUCCAAAGUGAACGCGCCCAUCUUGCUACCGACUACUCCGGCCAAUGCCAGUGCCAACAUGGCCAACACCUCAGAGUCCUCGACGGCCGCGACGCCAGCGGGUUCUACAGUGAAGCCGCACUAUCCCGAAGACAGCGAGGACGUGAAGAUCGGGGCGCUGUUUGCCUCCAAGGCCAUCCUGCAACUGCUAGUGAACCCUUUGAGCGGGACCUUCAUCGACCGCAUGAGCUAUGACUUGCCGCUGCUUAUGGGCCUGGGGGUACUGUUCGCUUCUACCGUGAUGUUUGCUUUCGCGGAGGACUACGCGACGCUCUUUGCUGCGCGCAGUCUGCAAGGUCUGGGUUCCGCCUUUGCGGAUACGUCCGGCAUCGCUAUGAUCGCCGACAAGUAUCCCGAGGAGCCCGAGCGCAGUCGCGCCCUAGGCUUGGCGCUGGCCUUCAUCAGCUUCGGAAGCCUAGUGGCGCCGCCCUUCGGGGGGUUCCUCCACAAGUUCGCGGGCAAGCCCGCGCCUUUUCUGGUGCUCGCCACGGUUUCACUGCUCGACGCCCUGUUGCUGCUGGCGGUAGCUAAGCCCUUCUCGGCUGCAGCACGGGCGCGGGCCAACCUGCCAGUGGGCACGCCUAUCCACCGUCUUAUGUUGGACCCCUACAUAGCCGUGGUUGCAGGCGCGCUCACGACAUGCAACAUCCCCCUAGCUUUCCUCGAGCCCACCAUCGCCACGUGGAUGAAGCACACGAUGGCGGCGUCUGAGUUGGAGACGGGCAUGGCCUGGCUGCCGGCCUUCGUGCCACACUUACUAGGCGUCUACCUCACAGUGCGACUGGCAGCGCGCUACCCGCACCUGCAAUGGCUAUACGGUGCGUUCGGGCUGGCAGUGAUCGGCGCCAGCUCAUGCUUGGUGCCUGCCUGCCGCUCCUUCGCACCAUUAGUAGUCUCGCUCUGCGGCCUCUGCUUUGGCAUUGCGCUGGUGGACACUGCGCUGCUGCCCACCCUCGCCUUUCUCGUGGACGUGCGCCACGUCUCGGUCUACGGCAGCGUUUACGCCAUCGCCGACAUCUCCUAUUCCGUGGCCUAUGCGCUGGGGCCCAUAGUGGCGGGCCACAUCGUGCAUUCUCUUGGCUUUACGCAGCUUAGCCUUGGCAUGGGCUUGGCCAACCUCCUCUACGCGCCUGUCCUACUGCUGCUGCGCAACGUGGGCCUCCUGAAGCGCUCUCGCUCCGAACGCGACGUGCUGCUGGAUGAGCCGCCGCAGGGUCUGUACGAUGCUGUGCGCCUCCGGGAGCGCCCUGUGUCCGACCGGGAUGGAGCACCUGGCAGUCCGCCUGGCCCCUUUGAUGAGUGUGAGGACGACUAUGACUACUAUGCCCGCAGUUAGCAGCCCCGCUCCUCCUCCAGGCCACCAACCCACUACCCACCCCCUCCCCACACCCCACCCUUAUCCUUGGGUCAAGGUGGCUGCUCUGUGAGCACCCUGGCCAGCUGAGGCUCAGGACCCGCCCCCUCCAGCGAGUACCCUAGCCCCUCCUCUGUCUUUAUUUCCCCUGUCCAAGUCCCUUCUCUUUGAGCUUUUCUGUGUCCAAUGGGGCGUGGAGCACCGAGGCACGUGAAUUGAUGUGCUCCUGGAAGAGAUGAGGCGCCGGGGCCGCCACCUCGGGGCUCCCGGGUGUGGAGCUGUGCCUCUGUCUGUCCUUCCUUCCUUAUCUCCCAAUGCCAACUUGGCCCGCUGCACCUCCGGGCCGAAUCAAUAAACUAUAUCUGUAUGA